AUGACAACAACAACAGCCUCCCCGUCCAUCGACGACCCCCCCGCCCGCGCCCCAACAACCACAACUACAGCACAAACCACCGCAACCCUCACACGCCUCCCAUCUUUCCAACCCGAGCUCUACACCCGCGCCUGGUCCUCCAUUCCACACCCGACCCUGCCAUUGAUCGCAACGGCCCACGCCAAAUCCGUCACGGUCUACUCUCUCGCGACUCUCUCCAAGCACAGCGCGCUCACAGGCGGGCAUGCGCGGUCGGUGCGCACGGUGGCGUGGCAACCUUCGAGAGGAGGCGGCGGUGGUAGUGGGGGAGAGCAACAACAGAAGAGUAGGGGUAGCGGGAACCAAAGGCUGGGGCUGGUGACGGGGAGUUUCGAUGCGACGGCGGGGUUGUGGAGUUUUGACGGGGAUCGGGAUAGGCCAGGUGGGGGGUUAGAGCGGGAGGUGAGGAUGGGUGGUGGUGAUACGGAAGAGGAAGACGGCGGGGGCGAGGAGGACGAUAAGGAAUGGGAGUUCAACCUGGUCUUGGAAGGCCACGAGAACGAAGUCAAAUCUCUCGCGUUUUCUCCCGGCGGGCAAUACCUGGCUACGUCUAGCCGCGAUAAAUCUGUCUGGAUCUGGGAAGAUGUAUCCGCGGGCGGCAAUGGUGAUGAUGGCGAAGAGGAAGACGAAUGGGAAACCGUUGCCGUCCUCAGUGAGCAUGAUGGUGAUGUCAAAGCCGUCGCCUGGUGUCCAUCACACUUGUCCAACGCCCGUGCUGCGUCCAGCCGGAGACACUACAGCCACGACGUGCUUGCGAGUGCAAGCUAUGACGAUACGGUGCGCAUCUGGCGCGAGGACGCCGACGGCGAGUGGGUGUGUGUUGCCGUGCUGGAGGGACACGGCGGGACGGUCUGGGGCCUGCAGUGGGAAACGAAAGAACGAUCGGACGACCGGUUCCCGCGGUUGAUGACAUUCUCCGCGGACGGGUCGAUCCGAGUGUGGACGCUGAAGGUGGACGAGGAGGCGGAGCGACUGGAGGCCGAAGAGGCUGCGGCACGCGAGGGAAAUCCGUUUCGGACCGGGUUUGGAGGGAUGCCGAAUACCAUGCGCCGGUCGCCGCGCGAAGAGUGGGAAUGCACCGCCGUGCUGCCCAAGGUGCACACGCGGGAUGUGUACUCGGCGUCGUGGAGUGCGGACACCGGUUUGGUUGCCAGCACGGGGAGUGAUGGGAUUGUCGCGGUGUAUGCAGAGCAGGAGGAUGGCACGGAAGGGGACAACAGCGACAACAGCAGUGGUGCGAAGAGCAGCACAUGGAAAGUUCUCAGCACAAUCCCUCGCGCUCACGGUCCAUACGAGAUCAACCACAUCACGUGGUGCAAGCGUUUCGACUCAGGGGCGGAACGUAAGGGUAAGGAAGAGAUGCUGGUCACCACGGGCGAUGAUGGGAUAGUACAGCCGUGGCAGGUGCAGGUACAAUAG